GCUCUAUUUUGGGUUCUGUCAGAACUGCUCAAACAACCCUGUUUCGUCUUGAGUCGAUUUUCUAUCGGUCAUGGUUGGAGACUUUCAACACACGCCUAAGAUUUUCCAUCGUCUAGGAGGCGUGGCUCGAUCAACGCCCCGCGAACGACUGCGCCACAAUGUUGUUGAUACAGUCAUCCAUCAGACCAUCCACCAGACUAUCCAGGCCUGACCGGUCUAGUUGAGGUAUAAACAUCCAGAGAUGUUGCUGGUGUUGCAUCCCGGCUGCUCGAUACGUCCCUCCCUCGAACAUCAACCACGAACCGUGGCACUGCUGCCAUCAUGCAUUUCACCAAGAUUCUUAGCUCAAUUCUCCUUGCGGUGACUGCUUCAGCAUCGCCGCUAGGCUCUCGUAACGUCACUCUGGGCAAGCGUAAAGAUUCCGACGGUCAGGCGGGAGCCUACAUCACUGCUGGGACGGACGUCGCAUUCGCCUUCGUGUAUGGAUCUCCCAAGAUGCCCGAUCUUAGCGAUGCGGCUUCGAGCACACAAGUCUCGUAUUGGAUCGGGAUCGAUGGAAUCAACACGAACAGGGUCAUUCAAGCUGGGUUCGAUGCUAUUAAGGGGUCAGAUGGAACUGUCACUUAUACGGCGUUCUAUGAAUGGUAUCCAGAUACCGUCAAUUUUAUAUCCGCCAGCGACUUCACAGCUAGCGCGGGCGACGUUGUGUCCAUCACAGUCACAGUCAUCCAGAGUGGUACUGCCGCGGAGGCCGCCUUCGUCAACAGAAACACCAAUAAGUCAUAUAACACGCCCGUGUUCUACUCUCCGGACGAGGAUUCUGAUGCAACGGGUAUCGACGCUGAGUGGGUGAUAGAGCGAGCACCAGGAACUACCCUCGCCGAUUUUGGGGAAGUUAUCUUCACUGACUGCUCCGCUGCUGACUCCGGCGGAUACCAAUAUUACCUCACAGGGGGUACCACGCUCGACUUGGUGGACACUGGCACCACCUUGGCCACUGGAACUAUCGUUGGCGAUAAUGAAGUGGAUAUCAAGUACACAGGACCUUGAAUGAUGGCAUGAUAGUUCGCCCGCUAGGCAGCUCGUUCGAGUUGCCAGUGUGUGUUUUGGACUUCACACGUAUAUAUAUCCAUGCGUAAAAAGGUUUUGACAGGUAGCUCACUCAUUCUCCUCCGAGGUAGUCUCGAGGAUGCUACUUGAUAGCUGAAACAAAAGCUGAAUUAACGUGUAUGAACUGCUUCC